CCAUGGCUAUUUGGCAGACCAACACCUCCUCCUCUCUCUCUCUCUCUCUCUCAAAACUCUGCAAUGUUAAUUGAAUAAUAAAACACAAGUGAAAACAAGCAUGGCUACGUUAUCUUCGUCCCUAGUGUUUCACAACCCACUUGUUUCACCAUACCAUUCGAAAAUUGGAUCACUUUCUGGCACCCAAUCCAAUUGGUUUCAAUCUCCAAUCAGAACCAGAACCAGAACAAAACCCAAUUCUUGCUCAAUCAUCAAAGCUCAAUCCGGUGCUCGCAGUGAAAACAUUGUCAUCGUCGGCGCCGGAAUUGCUGGUCUUGCCACUGCACUCUCUCUUCACAGGCUUGGAGUUGGGUCGCUGGUGCUUGAACAAGCAGAGUCACUUCGAACUGGAGGAACAUCACUCACCCUUUUCAAAAAUGGGUGGCGAGUUCUGGAUGCAAUUGGAGUUGGAAACCAUCUCAGGACUCAGUUUCUUGAAAUUCAAGGGAUGGUGGUAAAGACCGACAAUGGAAGAGAGCUACGGUCUUUCAAGUUCAAAGAGGAAGAUGAAAGCCAAGAGGUGCGUGCUGUAGAGAGGAGAAUACUGCUGGAGACUCUUGCCAAAGAACUACCUCCGGGUGCGGUUCGUUUCUCUUCAAAGCUGGCAAAGAUUGAAAAAACUGAAAAUGGAGAAACUUUGUUGCAAUUGUUGGAUGGUACCCAGCUAUAUGCAAAGAUAGUAAUUGGAUGUGAUGGAAUUCGAUCUCCUAUAGCUACGUGGAUGGGGUUCCCUGAGCCUAAAUAUGUAGGGCAUUGUGCUUUUCGUGGUCUUGCAAGUUACCCCGACGGGCAGCCAUUUGAACCGAAGUUGAAUCAAAUCUAUGGAAAGGGACAGCGUGCCGGUUUUCUUCCUAUUUCUCCUACCAAAGUCUACUGGUUCGUCUGCUACAACAGAGCAUCUCUAGGUCCGAAGAUUACUGACGGGCCAUUUUUAAAGAAGCAAGUUACCGAACUAGUUAAAGACUGGCCUUCGGACCUAUUGAACAUCAUAGAUUAUACCCCGGAUGACACAAUCAUUGGAACACCACUCGUAGACCGGUGGCUGUGGCCCGGUAUCAGCCCUCCGGCUUCAGCAGGAAGAGUUGUGCUGGUAGGAGAUGCAUGGCAUCCAAUGACUCCGAAUCUUGGGCAAGGUGCUUGUUGUGCUCUGGAAGAUGCAGUAAUUCUGGCAAGAAAGCUUGCGGGUGCCAUCGAGUCAGGACCAGCGUCCGUAGAAGAUGCUCUCAGCUCGUAUGGAAGCGAGAGAUGGCCACGCAUCUUUCCGCUGACUGUACGUGCAAAUCUUGUAGGGUCACUCCUACAGUGGGAGGACCCUGUGUGUUUUUUUCGGAACAAUGUCAUCUUUCCCAAGCUUGUUAGGUUAGGACCAUUGUUGGAGCACACAAAUUUCGACUGUGAGCCUCUACAAACUUCAGUUGUGUAACAUUGGCGGCAAUGUCAUCAUCCCCGGAACUAAUUAGGUUAAAAACAUUGUUGGAGCCGCAGAAAAUGGCGGAAUAUUGAAGUUCAAAAUCCAUUAAAAGACAAGGGAUGAGAAAUAUGCUUUGAAAUGAUCUUAAAAUACUAAUUGUACAAGACACUAUAUUGUUUAUGAACGAGGUCUAUGUUAAAGCGAA